UGGGCAGCAUCGGCUGAGGACAUGAUCGACUUCGCCGUCGCCGUGCUCGGCGACGACAUCGAGGUGCGAUCCACAGCGAACACGAAGGGGUCGAAGGGGAACAUCCUUAUCGGAAAUGUGAGGGGGGUGAACGGCGGUAAAGUUACCAAGUCGGUGAGCUGCCACCAGAGCCUGUUCCCCUACAUGGUUUAUUAUUGCCACUCGGUUCCGCGCGUACGCGUUUAUUUGGCAGAGAUCCUGGCCGUUGAUACGAAGGAGAAGAUCAAUCAAGGGGUUGCCAUCUGUCACAUAGACACGUCAGACUGGAGUCCGACUCACGGGGCAUUCGUGGCGCUGGGGCCCGGACCGGGAAAGAUUGAGGUGUGCCAUUGGAUUUUUGAAGGGGAUAUGACGUGGACCGUUGCUGACCGUGCGUGAUUUUCAGCCGGGAACCGGUUGUUGAUGGAAUAAGGCAGGGGGGGAGGACUACGGUUUCGAUUUAAUAAAUUAUUAUUAAAAUAUAUGUAUGUUUUCUUGGGGUUUGUUCGUAGUCUUCUGCCUUUAAAGUCUAUGCCAUUUAAUGUGUUUAUUAUUUGUGGAGAUUAUUUUGCUUAU